CAUAAAAGAUGGAAGAACAACAAUUACUUUCAAAAUGAGUUUCAGAAUUUUAAAACCAGAACAGACCAUAUUUAAACACUUGAAAUUAUUUUUACUAAAUUUAUAAGCAUACAUUUAGUUAAAGCGAUUUUUUUUAUUUAAAGAGAAGGGUUGAUGGCGUCAGGAAUCCGUAGCAAGGGAGAUAACUAUAAUCACAUUGCACGUUGCUCAGACGAGUUUGGUAGCAGUGAAAUGCCACUUGUUAUAUUAUGUGGAUUUCCUGUCAGUGGAAAAACAACAAGAGCAAAUGAAUUGUGUAAGUAUAUGUCAAAUCAUCACGCUGAAAGGAAAAUCCACUUUAUAAGUGACCAUUCUUUAGGUGUGGCGAGAAAUGAAGUUUACUCAUGUUCGCAUAGAGAGAGAGAAAUGCGAGGUUCUUUGAAGUCUUCUGUCCAAAGAUGCCUCAACAGGGAAGAUGUGGUGAUUCUAGACUCGUUAAACUAUAUUAAAGGUUUCAGAUACGAAUUGUACUGUGUUACCAAGGCAUGCCAAACAACACAGUGUGUUAUUUUCUGCGAUACAAGUAAAGAGAGAAUUGUAGAAUGGAAUGACAACAGAAUUUCCGCAGCUGGUGAUUCUCCUGACGAGGCAUAUGACAGAGAUGUUUUGGAAGGGCUUGUAAUGAGAUUUGAACAGCCUAGCCCAAAUAAUAGAUGGGACAGUCCACUUUUUGUUGUACAGUGUGACGAGCCGUUGCCGGCACAUCAGGUGUGUUCAGCUUUAUUUGACAGAAACGCCCUGCCGCCAAACCAGUCAACGCAAUCGCAGCCUCUUUCAUCUACGAACUUUCUGUACGAACUUGAUCGAGUCACUCAAGAUGUUGUAACCCAUAUUAUUGAUGCGCAGAAAACUGGUGUUGUUGGAGAUCUCAUCCCGAUCAAAGGUGCAAGUGAGCAGAUUAUGUUGACGAGGACUUUGACUUUAGGAGAGUUGCAACGGCACAAACGACAGUUUAUAACAUACACGAAAAUGCACCCAGUUGAUGAUCCAGGAAAACUGCCCAAUUUAUUUGUGCAAUAUCUAAAUAAUACCCUAAAAUGAUGAACUUUUAUAAGGCGUUAUCCUGAAACAGUUGAUGUUGCAAAAUCUUAUACAACUUUUAUAAUUGCUAAUUUGAUAUUUAACUGUCAUAAUUGUUCUGAAGCGUGACAGUUAUGCAGUCUGAGACCAACAGGCUAAGAGAGAGUGAGAUCAUUUUGUAAUAUUACAAGAUAUGACUGUGAAGUAUGUUACAUUGCUACUACAUACAUAUUAGAAGGACAUAAGAGUUUCAAUUAUGUACAUGAAGUACUUAGCACACCAAUCUUUUCCAUCUUUACUGCCUUGUGUAAACUGGUCAGUUUUGUUUUGUUUUGCAGGGAUUGUAGAACUUAUUACAAAAGUGUUUUUCAAACUCAUCAUAUUUUUAAAAGACAGCAUACAACAAAAGUAAUCCAAACCUUUUCAUUUAGAUGACCGAAAGCUUCGUACACAGCUAUUUGCAUGCCUGAUUUAAUAAAUAAGGGAAUAAAUGUUUUUUCUGAAUGGUGGCAUUUUGUACAAGGCAGAGGAGUUAAGGGGGAGGGGGGAAGGGUUUGAGCAUGUGUUGGAAGAGUGGGUUGAGUAACACUUUGUUACUGCUUACAAUAGAAAACGCAAAUUGCUAUGAUGAUUUUCAGUAUGAUUAUCCAGCCAACAUUAUUGUAGAAUUUUAGCUAUUGUUUGCAAAUUGUUACAAAAUGCUUAAGUCUGAAGUGCGAAUCAUCAGUUGAUUUGUAAAAAAUGUACCAUUUAAAGAUUGUCCAAAAUAUGCUGUGACUUCCAUUUCCUUAUAGAAUUUAUAUGCAUUUGUACUUUAUAGAGCUUUUGCCUUUAAAAAAUGCUCCCAAAUUUUUUUUUCAUCUUUUUUAGUUGGUGAGUUUUGUGUGUGUGUAAUUAUUUCAUCAAUAUAAUGUAUCAGUCUGUGGGAAAUUCAUGCAGAUUUCUUAUAGAUGAGGCGCAUACACUCACACACAUGCACACUCACGUAUAUAUGGCUGUAAAAGUUUAAAAUGUAUAUGCAUCAAUAAAUUCAGUGUCUUGGUAUCUCCCAUGAUAAUGAUAAUUCUUUCCGGAAAGAUUACAAUAUUAUCUUUUUCACUAAUGCUUCUUCAUUGUAGUCUUAGUAAAAUACCAGUUUUGGUAGUCAUGGCAUACUUGUCCAAAAACAUAAAUAAAAAAACAUGGUAGACAACUGACAUGCAUGUUUUUCAUGUGUAUGUAAAUUUUGUUCAAAUCAGUAUGUGAAUAAACUUGUACUCACAACAGCA